AUUAUGCAGGUUUUCCAGCAUUUGUUCUUAGUUGUCGUGGUCUGUUGUCGUGUCAGUCACGCCGCAACAACCACUGCAUCCCCCAGAAGCCAAUCUGUCAACCCUACCCAGCAAUCAGUUCAGUAUCUUGCUAAUCUCGAGGACGCCAUUUUGCGCAUGGCAGACUCGGAUAACAACACCGCUGUCAGUAGCGACGAGAUUCAGGAGUUCCUGGUCACAACGGGAAUCCCCGAGUUUCUCCGAAAUGCCCUGACACCGGACGCCAUUGAGGUUGCUGAUAUAAACCGGAAUGGACAGCUUGAGAGGCAAGAGCUUGGGACUAUUUUGAGGACAAUGCUGACUACCGUUCCACCUGGUCGCGCAAUAAUCCAAACUCUGGGAUUUGAAACCAUACUUAUGAUCAACAACGGCGAAAUAGAUGUGCCGAAAGACGCCAGCGAUGUUGGAGUCAUCAUCCUUGACAUUCUGGACACCAACAACAACAGCAAACUGAGCAUGGAGGAAGCACAUGCCUUCAGCCAAGCAAUUGAUAUUGAUGGAUUCUUUGAUGAUUUAGGUCUUUUCGCGUCUAUUCUGGACACAGACGGAGACAGACAACUCGAUUUGCAAGAACUUACCGCUGUAUACAAAGUGCUGCAGAGAAAAUACGACUAUAUUACUGCAGAACCAUUCAUUCUUUACGGGAGAAUAACAACAUUACUGGGUGAAUUUCCCACAUACGAAAAGACACCUUCAUUUUGAACAGAAUGUUGCUGAUACCACCGGAAUGGGUCUAAAGCAUAUUAUAAAGAUAUAUAUUUCUUGAGAGAUAUGAAUGAAGCAAAGUUGUCUGACUCGUAAGAAAAGCUUUAUUCGAAACAUUUAGAACAUGCUGAGAAAGCUACAACAUCAAGUUUUGGCAUAGCAAAAAAUUAUAAGAGCCAGACUGUGUGUAAAGUAGACCCUGAAGUACUUGACAGCGAGGAUCUUGUCGACUGUAAUCUGGUCAUUACCUCGAUUCUCUGUCUUCGGACUUCCACUUUACAUGGAAAAGUAUUUUGUUUGAGUCGCAGUCUACUUUUUAUAGUUAAUAAAAUGUAUGAUA